UCGUUUUAACGUAGCCGAAGACUGACGUCAACGGUUCGGCUUGUCCGGAGAUUGCUGUAGAGUCAUCUAGAGAGCCGAUCGUUCAGAAAGUUAAUAUAUAAUAUCCCACUUGAUCCUCAAUCGAGUAGAUCUGUUUUGUAAGUUGUUGUGCUGUGGUGAUUGCCGCGUGUUUUGUUGUGUGUUUGUAAAAGGAAGCUAUGGCCACCGAAGUCGAAAAUAACGCACCCGAAACAAAGGAAAUCAAAGAAGAGAUACCGUCCGGCGACAACAAAGCCGAAGAGGCCGGCAAACAAGAUAAUGCCGGCGGCGACGCGCCCACCCCAAAAGAAAAAGAACCGGCUCCACCGAAAGUUCUAGUACACAAAAGUAAUUUCGAAAAAGAUGUCGUUUAUUUGUAUCAAUUUUCGCGUACGCCACUUUUACCAUCUCUCUCGCCCUAUUGUUUGAAAGUCGAAACAUGGUUGAGACUUGCCGGCGUCAAAUAUGAAAACGUGGACCACAAAAUGAAAUACCGUUCGAAGAAAGGCCAGUUGCCGUUCAUAGAAUUGAACGGAGAAGAAAUAGCGGACAGUGCCAUCAUCAUGAAGGAAUUAUCCCAGAGAUUCGGUCACGAUUUGGAUAUAUGUUUGUCGGCGGAACAAAGAAAUUUGGCGCACACCACCAUUUCCAUGAUCGAAAAUCAUCUAGCUUGGGUAGUUAUGUGGUGGCGCACCAAAUUCCCCGAUCAAGUGCUCAAAGGGUAUAAAGUUAAUUUGCAACACGCGCUUGGAACUAGGAUACCCAACGGAAUACUCAAUUUCUUUUUCAAAUUCGCUUUCGGCAGAAAGUGGUUCCAGGGAACGAAAAAAGUGAAAGCUCAAGGCAUGGGUGUACAUUCCGCAGAAGAAAUCAACGAAUUCGGUCAACAAGAUUUGAAAGUACUAUCAGAUAUGUUAGCAGACAAACCGUUCUUCUUCGGAGACGAACCUACCAAUUUGGAUGUCGUGGUAUUCGCUCAUUUAGCACAAAUCUAUUUCAUCGACAAAGAAGUCAGUUAUCCAUUGAGGGACUACAUGACGGAAACUUGCCCGAAUUUAGUAGGACUUGUCAAUCGCAUGAAGGAACGUUGUUUUCCGGAUUGGGACGAUAUUUGCACAACUUUGGAUUUGAACUCGCAUUUACCCAAACCUAAAGCCGAAGAAUCGAAAGAUAACAAAGAAGAAAGCAAAGACGAGAAGGAAGGAGACAAAGAGAAAGAACCAGAAGAGAAAGAUCUCGAAAAGGAAAAGGUGAGUUUCAACUCGCUUUCUAGACUCGUUUUUUGUAACUACUCUUACUUACAAUACCUCAUUGUAACUUUCCUAGCAUCCUAGACUCUUUUUUGUAACUUUCCUUGCUUCCUAAACUCUUUUUUGCAACUUUACUUGUUUCCCUGACCCUUUUUCGUAACUUUCUUCGCAUCCUACAUAUUCUGUAACUUCCUUGCUUUCCAGAAUCUGUUUUUGACACUUUACUUGCUUCUUAGACUCUUUUUGUAACUUUCCUUGCUUCCUAAACUCUUUUUUGCAACUUUUCCCGCUUCUCUGACCCUUUUUUGUAACUUUCUUCGCAUUCUACACAUUCUGUAACUUCCUUGCUUUCCAGAAUCUGUUUUUGACACUUCACUUGCUUCUUAGACUCUUUUUGUAACUUUCCUUGCUUCCCAAACCCUUUUUUGCAACUUUUUCUGCUUCCCUGACCUUUUUUUGUGACUUCCCUUGCUUCCUACCCAGUUUUUUAUCGAAAAAUCCCUAGUUUGACAAAAUUAUGUAUAAUUUUCUGUUUGUUAUUGUGUAGGCUGACGAAAAAGAAAAGGACAAAGCUAACGAAAAAUCAGAAGAAAAUAAGGAAAAAGAAGGAAAAUAAAGAGGAGUAAAUUGAAUUGAUUAUCUCACAAGCCCCACUGCCGAGGCUCGUUUUUUAUUCUAUUAUUUUCUUUCGUUAUCUAUCAUCUUCAAAAAAAAAACUUUUUCAUAUUUUUUUUUUGUUUCGAUUCAUAAACUUGUGCAACAAUCUAGUUUAUAAGAUCCAUACACAUUUUUCAUUGUAAUGAAAACAUAAAAAAAUACUCUUACGGAUGACAGUUAUUGUAGCUUUUUUUAUAAAAAAAAAAAAUAUAGAGGACACUUAUUCACAAGAUAUAUUCAUUAAUAAAAGUUAAGGACAAAUUGUUUGUAUAAAAUAAUUUUUUUUAUCGUAAGCAAAAUGUAUGUCACAAAAAAAAACGAGGAUAAAUUUGACAGGCAGAAAAAAUGUCACAUACGAUCAAAAUAUCCUGUACUAUUAUAUUUAAAUGAAAAUCGUCCAGUUCAAAGGACCAAUUAUACUUCUUAUACAGGGUGAUCUGAUUGGACAUCAAACAUUCUUUCGGCCUUUCAUAAUACAUGUAGUGCAGUCUCAGUGUAUCACUUAAUAAUAUUUCCAAUUAGUAAUACAUUUAAAUUACAGUAUAUUCAUUCCAUUUGUUAUGGGCUUGUUUCUCGUACUUAUCUACCACUCGCGCCAUCUAAUUUUCAAUAAACGUAAAAUAUUUAAAGACAAAGUACAUUUGAACUACUACCAAUAUUAGUAUGUUAUAUAAUCAAUAAAACUUAUAGAGGAUAUUAAAUUAAAAGUAAUUUUACAGUUUCGAUACAAAAUUUUUGUCAUUCGACAAGUUAAAAAUGCUAAUUAUGAUGUUAUAUUGAAUAUCACUUGGUAUUAUACAUGUUUUCAUACUUAUCUAUCGUGCUUUUCUUACUUCUACAAGAGAGAGUACAUUUGAACUACUUUUAUUAUAUCCAUGUAUGUUUUACUUCCAUGAUAUCUAAAAUUGUAUUUAUAUUAUAUAAAAAACAGUUUUUUUCAAUUCUAUACACUAUUUAUGAGUAUUUUCAAUAAAAAUUUAUUUUUUUUUUUAACUAAUUAUUCUUAGAAUGGAAUAUAAGAGUAAAUCGAAUAACAAAUUUCUCACUGCUCGAUAUUUCACUAUAGAUUCCUUCAUUUAGUGAAAUCACAAUGUUUUUAGUUUCAUAUCUCAUCCUUAUCGACUAUUUACACUAUUUUAUAUCCAACCAAUUUAGAAUAUUUCAAGAAAAAUUUUCUACAAAUGAUGGUACAUUUGAACUAAUAUCAGUAUAUGUGUAAAUAUGACAUAAAAUACAGUUUUUUUCAAAUCCUAUCGAUUAUUUAAAGGAUUUUUUCAUCAAAUAACAAUUUUUUUUUAAUAUCUACUUCAACAGGACAUUAUUUUUGACAAAAUUAUAAGCGAGUGGUUAUUUGAACGAGACAUAAGACUGAAUCACAUCAUAAAAUUCUCAUUGCUUGACAUUUUAUAUUGUAGAUUUUUUUUAUUUUGAAAAGAUUUGUUGAGAAGCAUCGAAAUUCGUAUUUUGAACGGUCAAAUUCAAUACGGAUUCUCGUUAAUAUUUUAAUUUAUAGAUAUUAUCGUAAUACAUUACUACAACUGUGUUGUAUGCUAUAUUGAUUUAAUUAAAUUGGUAUUUUAAGUUA